AUGGCACCGAAAUCAGACCGGUUCCAAGGCUUCACAGCCAUCACAGACCAAAUUUUCUUCCGAGAAGGCGAGUCAGUAACAGAGGGCACGCAACCGCCAGCAGGCCACCCAAGAGUCGUCAUCAUCUACAGUUGGGGCGACGCCGUACCCAAACACGUCUCCAAAUACGCCGAUGGAUUCCGCAAGCUCUUCCCGCACGCGAAGCAAAUCGCCGUGCUCUCGCCCAUCCUCAAAGCCAUGAGGGAGGACCUCCAAACGCGCUCCGACAACAUGAAGCCCGUCGUCGAAGCCGCGUAUCCCUCAGCCACGUCCGGCACAGCAGACCCCCACGAAGACGCGGUCCUCACGCACGUCAUGUCCAACACGGGCGGCAUCAACUACGCCGGCACGCUGCACGCCUACCAAGAAAGGUUUGGCCGCCCCAUGCCGCACCGCCUGUCCAGCUACGACUCGACACCCGGCAGCGUGAUCAUGACGUGGAACAAUCUCAAGCGCUGGUCUCUGGCCAUGACGCUGGGCACCGCCGGCUGGUUUCCUUGGCCCUUUGUCGUGACGCAGUGCAUCAUGGGCGUCUUCCUCCUCCUGAACCACGGUUUCGAACACCUCACCGGCCGGGAGAGCGCACCGGUCUUUAGUGUCGCGGCUAUUGGCGACACAAAGUAUGUCUCCAAGGGGUCGCGGAAGCUGUACCUGUACAGCAAGGAGGACCCGCUUAUUGGCUGGGAGGAUAUCGAGGAGAACAUGGCCGAGUCCAAGGGCAAGGGCUACGCCUAUAACGCGGUGCGGUUUGAGGGCAGUGGCCAUGUUGGGCACAUGCGCAUGCAUCCUGAUCAGUACUGGAGUGCUAUCGCGUCAGCCUGGAAUGAGACGUGA